ACAAAAAACUCCUACAGUCUCGCCACAUCAAAAGACAACGCAGAAUCAAUAUCUAAAACCGCUAAAAAUUCUCACAUCUUUUGCUAAAUUAUAGCUCCCCGUCUCCAUUUCCACUUCUCCCUCUACUUCUUCCUUUUGGUCAUGGCGGUAAACAGCGUGUUCUCUCUCCAAAUCAUGGAUUUAGCAGUUUUAUGGAUCUCUCCUAUGUCUUAGGUUUUCUGUUUGACGUAGAGAGAGAGAGAGAGGAAAUGAGGGAGUUAAAAGUGGAUGAUGAUUCCAUCUCUGGCCUCCUUUGUCAAGAAAGUGAGACUUGUUUGGAUGACGAGCUGGUAGAGGACACGUUCAUUAACUUUACAACUUACGAUGACUGUGAAGAUGAGUACAUGGACACGUUGUUUGAAAGAGAAAUCUGUUAUGGGUUCAAAAGAAAUGAAUCCUUGGUUUUUGGAAACUGGAUCAAACGUGCUCGCUUGGAAACUAUCACAUGGAUUCUCAAAAUCAGAGCAGCAUUCGGAUUUAGUUUCCAAACAGUUCAUAUGUCUAUGACAUACUUCGAUAGAUUCCUUUCAAGGCGGUCCAUCUCUAGUGAAAAAUUGUGGGCUAUUAGAUUACUUUCAGUGGCGUGUCUUUCUUUGGCUGCGAAGAUGGAGGAGGUAAAAGUUCCAGUGUUAUCAGAGUAUCUGUUAGAGGAUUAUAACUUUGACAGCAAAGUCAUUCAGAGAAUGGAGCUUCUGGUAUUGAGCACAUUGGAAUGGCGGAUGUGCUCAAUCACUCCUUUUGCUUUUCUUUAUUUCUUCCUCACGAAGUUGUGCGAUAUUGAGUCUCCACCAAGCAAUAUGGUGUCUAGAACUGUGGAGAUCAUGUUAGCUCUAAUGAGAGAGGUCAAUUUAACGGGUCAUCGACCAUCUGCAAUAGCUGCUGCAUCCGCCUUGUUGGCUUUGGAUGAUAGAUUAACAAGAAGAGCAUUGGAGAUGAAGAUGAAUUCCAUUUCCCAUCGUAGAUUUCUUGAAAUUGAUGAGGUGUAUUCAUGCUAUGAUAUGAUGCGAAGAUUAGAUAUGGAGAAUCUUAAAAUUCCAAAGGUUGUAAAUUCGCCUAAUCUUUCGCCGACGACCCAAUUGAGGCCUAUUGGCCGUGUUGUAGAAAAUUCUUCGGUUACUACCAAUAAAAGAAGAAGGCUUACAUUCAGUGCCUGUGAUCAAAGUUGCGGCAUACCUGAUCAUGAUCAACUCUGCUAGAGAAAUUUGACUGUUAGAGGUUUCCAAACAUUUAUAAUUUUGGUUUUUUUAAUGAUGAUCAUUGGUCUUCUGAACUUUCUUUAAU